UACGACCCGAUGCGAUUGUUAUACACCACAAGCGAUGGGAAGCUCAGAUGGACUAAGGACUUGAUUGGCGACAAGAUCCCUCCUUAUGCGAUCUUGUCGCACACCUGGAAGGAGGGACAAGAGGUGACCUUUGAUGAUCUGAAGAACAUCGACAAUGUCGAAGACAGUGACGCGCAAAGCAGUGAGGGACAUCACAAGAUUCGCUUCUGUGCGCAACAAGCUAAGCAGGACGGUCUGGGCUACUUUUGGGUCGACACCUGCUGCAUCGACAAGUCAAACAACACCGAGCUUUCAGAAGCGAUCAACUCCAUGUAUCGAUGGUAUCAGAACGCGGAGAAAUGUUACGUCUACCUUUCAGAUGUCGCGAACGACACUUUGGAGGGAGAUGACGCGUCAUCUCAGAGAUGGGAGCCAGCUUUCGAGAAGAGCAGAUGGUUUGCGCGAGGCUGGACACUCCAGGAGCUUCUUGCUCCUAAAUUGGUUGAGUUCUUCUCUAAAGAAGGAGCGCGGCUAGGGAACAAGGAGUCGCUUAAGCACACAAUUCACGAGGUCACAGGAAUACCUAUUGACGCUUUGCUGGGGAGACAAUUGUCCGAGUUCAGCGUAGCUGAGCGUUUCUCCUGGACCGAAAAUCGCCAGACUACACGUGAAGAGGAUGAAGUUUACUGUCUGUUAGGCAUAUUUGGCAUCUACAUGUCGCUGAUAUAUGGCGAAGGCAAAGAUAAUGCAACCAAACGGCUGCAGAAAAAGAUACAGGAGGCUUCCGGAGACAUAGCAAGGGCUCAAGAAACACUUGCCAAGAUCUGCAACUGGCUUUCGGCGCCAGAUCCGUCCACAAACUACUACAAAGCGCACAAGCAGCGGCAGGCUGAGACCGGCCUCUGGCUGCUAGAUGGCGCAAAGUUCGCGGAAUGGAAAAAGAGUACAGCAUCGCGACUAUGGCUGUAUGGGAUCCCAGGGUGUGGAAAGACCAUCCUGAGCUCUACCAUCAUUGAGCAUCUGCUGCAGCACUGCAAUAAUGACACGAGGAUGGUGACGGCAUACUUUUACUUCGACUUCAACGACACUCAGAAACAGAAUCCAGAGUUGAUGCUCCGCUCGUUGCUCUGCCAGCUCCUGCGGCGUUCGGCUGCAACACCAAAGGGCGUUGAUGCAUUGUUCUUAGCUUGCGGGAACGGACAACGGCAGCCUUCGCUGCAUACGCUUCUAGAGAUAACACCACAGGUAAUGCAACAGUUUACGCAGGUCUACCUCGUUCUCGAUGCGCUCGACGAAUGUGCACAGCGCCAGGAAUUAAUGGACGUGCUCGAGACGGUGGCUGGGUGGCAGCUUGACAACAUGCAUCUGCUGAUGACCAGCCGGAAAGAGCGGGAUAUCGAGAGCUCUUUGGAGAGUUAUGUCAAAGAAGAGGACACUAUCUGUCUUCAGAGGGACGUAGUGGACAAGGAUAUACAACGAUAUGUUCAACAACGGCUGUCUGACGAUAAGACUUUGACAAAAUGGAACAAGGACCCUGCCAUCAGGCAAGAGAUUGAGGCUGCUCUAAUGCACGGAGCCCGCGGGAUGUUUCGAUGGGCCGUAUGUCAGCUUGACACGUUAGCAAAGUGUCGCAACCGAGCGAUGCUGCGCAAGUCGCUGGCCACUUUGCCGCAAACGUUAGAUCAGACAUACGACCGCAUCCUCACUGCUAUAAGCGAAGAAGACCGCGAGUACGCGAUACGCAUCUUGCAGUGGCUGACGUUCUCAACACGGCCGCUUUCGGCCGAAGAGAUUGCCGAAGUCGUUGCCAUUGAUGUGGCGCGCGACCCAGCGUUCGACCACGAUGAGGUGCUAGAGGACCCGCUAGAAGCGCUGAAUAUCUGCUCGAGUCUGGUCACCAUUACAACGAACGAAGCAGAGGGAGGAUGGAGGCCUGCACAGCGAAUCAUCGCUCUAGCACACUAUUCUGUCCAGGAGUAUCUUGUGUCAGACCGGAUCAAGCAUGGACAGGCAAAGCAGUACAGCAUGCAAGAGGCCGAAUGCCAUAGCGCGAUAACAUCAGGUUGUUUGAGAUACCUGACCCACUUCCAGCAACCACUGUCAACUGAAACUCUUGAGGCAUCCGCACUCGCAAGGUACGCAGCAAAGUUCUGGAGCAGCCAUCUUCAAAAUACGGGAGACGAGACGGAUGGAGUGACUCGAGUAGCGAUGAGUUUAAUGUCGAUGGAAAAUCCGGCAUAUCUUAUCUGGGUUCAGUUGUGUGAUCCUGACUAUCCCUGGGAAGAACCGGAUCUAGGAAAAGGUCUAGAAAGCGUAGCUAUGCCGUUGUAUUACGCCGCAUUACUGGGCUUAAGCAUGGGUACAAAACUGCUGCUAAAUGAAGGCGCUGACGUCAACGCGCAGGGUAGACGCUACGGCAACGCACUGCAGGCAGCUUCAUACGGAGGCCACAAGCAGCAGGUAGUCAAGAUGCUGCUCGACAAAGGCGCCAACGUCAACGCGCAGGGUGGCCUCUACGGCAACGCACUGCAGGCAGCUUCAUACGGAGGCCACGAGCAGGUAGUCAAGAUGCUGCUCGACAAAGGCGCCGACGUCAAUGCGCGGGGUGGAGAGUACGGCAACGCACUGCGGGCAGCUUCACUUGAAGGCCACGAGCAGGUAGUCAAGAUGCUGCUCGACAAAGGCGUCGACGUCAACGCGCAGGGUAGACGCUACGGCAACGCACUGCGGGCAGCUUCACUUGAAGGCCGCAAGCAGGUAGUCGAGAUGCUGCUUGAUGCAGGUGCUUGUCAAUAUCAGGAAGACGAUCCUGUGUUAGAGCCCGAGUAG